UCGUGUGGUGGGUAAGAAGAGGACGUCACAAGGGAUCUCGAGUGAUUUUGUGAGGCUGCGAAGACUCUGGAUACCUGGAGAUAUCCAUAAUACCGGGGGUUUUCGCCAUCAGUCAACGCUGAGCCGAGACCAACAACAUCUGCAGUUGUUACCAGACACAAUUCCUCCAUCCUCAUAUAUAUACCCUCCUCCCUGUCGCGUGCCGCUUCUCCCGUUAUAAAUUCUGCUCUUUUUCUGGCCGUCACCACAAGCCACAAGUGUUCUUCCCGAUGAAGAACUGGGAGACUUUACAGAAGCAUCUUGUGCUGUGGCUGCUGAUGCUGCAGACUCACCCUCUGACAGGUCGACUCGGCGUGAAAGGUGCCACGUCGCCCCGCCAGAGUGCCACCGACCUCGGCAGGUGCGACAACGGCCGGGCGGUGGACGGGAGGUGUCAGUGCGAUCCGUGUUGGGACGGAUCUCAUUGCCUCGAUUACGUGGACAUCUAUCCCCCCCGCUUCCUCAUACACGCCGCCACUGUCGUCCUUCCUGUCAACGCUUCAGGGGUCGUGUACCGCGCCUGGAGUACAGACGAUGACCUCGGCCUGACCUGUCCUCUCGGUCCGGGGGAAUCGGCUCGCUGCCCCUGCGCCUCCGUCACGUAUCAGCUGUUCUCGGGCCCUGGAGAUCGCCACUUCAUCCUCGACCCUGACACGGGGGUCCUGAGCAGGGUCCCGGCGACGCCCCUCCAGCCCGGCCGAUCCUACAAGUAUAAGAUAAUGGUCCAAGGAGUGCCUGAGGGGAAGCAGAAGAUGGAUCUCCAGUACGACCUCCUCGACCUCAAAGUCUACGUCACCGAGGACCAUGUCAAGAAAAUCCCGUGGACUUAACCUCCUUUUCCUCCUCCACCUCUUCCUCCUCCUCCUCCUCCUCUUUUCCUUUCCUUUUCGUCAAGAUAACCAGUUUCUUCUUACUAUCUUUACUGUGCUUUUAACUCUUUUCUUGCGCUUCUUCCCCUUUAUUGUUGUCGUGUUUCCAGUUUCGUGUUCUUUUAACUUGUUUUCAUCGAUAAAGGCUUGUUUUCAAUUCUCCUCAUCGUGUUUCAAUCUUCAAAUAUACUUGCAUAAUCUUUUCUUAAUUAAAUUACACUCUCACCACUAAAGAUAAUUUUGUUUCCACUCCCAUUCCUUCUGCCUCUUACUCUCCCUCCUCCCCUCUUGCUUCCCCUUCCUCCUCACUUCUUCUUUCCCCUCCUCCUCCCCGUCUUCUGCCCCUUCCUCCUCCCCCUCUUCACUCUCUUUCUCCUCUUCCUCCUUCAUAUUCUGACGUCAUACUUGACACCUUUCUGGAAUUUAGUUGAAUGUAGGGAAUCGUAAAAUAUAGUUAAUUUAGUUUGAUUCAUUAACUAAUUCUGUACAAAAGCUGGUAGGUUAAAACGGAACUACUGUAUCACUGUAGUUAUUGCACUUCUGAGAGUAGAAACUCGUGAUGGCUAGUUUAAAUCUCUAAAUAACAGGUUUAUAGCCCGAUUGUAAUAACUGAGUAUGCUAAUUAAAAAAUAAUUGUCAAACCAUAAGAGUUCGUGGUAAUAGAAAAAAGGAAUGGAUAGAAAAACAAAAUGUUUGCGUACGUGCUCGAACCACUGCAGUGUCAUUUCACACGCCAAUAUUCCCAACACCACUCUCCUGAAAAUCAAGAUCGAGAUAAAGAAAAUACCUCGUCAGCUAUUUUUCUAUCCUGCAGAGCUAGCUGGUUCCAUGCGUGGUUUAUCUGACGUUUUCUUGUUUUAUUUCGUCGUUUUUUGUGUAUUUAUCUUUUAUUUGUAUUUUCAUUUGUGACGUGAAUCUGGAAUCCACUGAGGGUGCAGCAUUUUGACCAGAGUGUAACUGUUUUUAUGUAUUCUUGUUUACUGCAAUAAAGAGUUUGGCAUC